UAUCCUGUCAAACACCUUGGUCUCCGCUGAGUAAAGGCCCAGAGGCUGGGGACUGCAGCCCAGGAAUUCCAGGGCCUUGCCCCACUUCCUUUCUGGAGCCAUGACCUCAGGCUCACCUACUGCCCUCACCUCUGGCAAGCUGCAGAUGCCCUUUAGGGCCAGGCCGUGCCCCGGAUGUGAGGGGACUGAGUCACUGGGUUGGCAGUGCCCCUCGGAGCCCAGGUCUAGGCUGCCACCCACCUGAGGAUGAGGGGUGGGCCAGCAGCCAUGCUCCAGUUGUUGGGGCCUCUUGGGAACCCCAUCUCUGAGCCCCGCCCAUGGCCCCGCCCCUCCCAAGGAGGGAAAAGGCGGCUGCCAGUCGCUCAACUCAGGCACUGGGACCCAGAGCUCAGAGGACCGAGAGGACAGACUGCCACACUGCCACCAUAGGCUAGGCCAUGGACCCCCACGAGAUGGUCGUCAAGAACCCAUACGCCCACAUCAGCAUCCCCCGGGCUCACCUGCGGCCUGACCUGGGGCAGCAGUUAGAGGUGGCUCCCACCUGUUCCUCAUCCUCGGAGAUGCAGCCACUGCCAGUGGGGCCCUGUGCCCCGGAGCCAACCCGCUUCUUGCAGCCGACUGAGGUCCCAGGGCCCAAGGGCGCCAAGGGUACCCAGGGGGCUGUGCCCAUCCAGAACCAGGCCUGGCAACAGCCUGGCCAUCCAUAUGGCAGCAGUCGGCGCCCGGCCGGACUGACCUAUGCUGGCCGUCCGCCCGUGGGCCGUGGCGACGACAUCGCCCACCACUGCUGCUGCUGCCCUUGCUGCCGCUGCUGCCACUGCCCUCCCUUCUGCCGCUGCCACAGCUGCUGCUGCUGCGUUGUCUCCUAGCCUGGCCCAUCCCAGCAGGGCCAGGACCCAGGCCUCGGUUCACACAGCCCAGGCAAUGCCUGAACAUUUGGGGUGGCUACUGUCACGGACACUGGCCCCUUCCCACCAGGGACUGGGCAUGGACCCACCAGGAAGGUGACCAAUCAGCCCGAGCUCCUGAAACGGAAUCCCAGGCCCUAGCUGGAGAGAGACACCCCUGAUUACCUUAAGGCCCGGGCAAUAAAGCAAGGUGGUCUCCCAGCAA